AUGCGACGGCACCGCGCGUCGAGAAGGCGCUUCGGCAUCGCACUCUGCGCCGUCGUCGUCGCGCGCAGCGCGCGAGUCGGGAGAGCGAGUGAGUCCCUGGACGCAUUCGACGGCGAGCGGGACGGCGCCGUCGACGCGCUGCCGACGCGCGGCGACGACGACGACGUGGUGACGCGUAUUAGAUUUGGGGAGAAAGUCGCCGUCGAUGAUUUGAUUGGUCCCGUCGUGAUCAAUCACGAUUGUACGACGAAGUACAUCGAGAACUGGAGAGAGAUGACGGAAAGAGAGCGAGAGGCGACGCGACGGCGCCUGGGCGCUCGGAACAGGGAACGGCACGCGGCGUGUAAGCAAAAAUUAGGUAACGAAAACGAAUUGUGA